AUGAAGUUAGCAGCAUCAUUGACCGCGACGUUGUUCGUCGUUUGUCUACAGUUGGCCAACUGUUUCCAGGAGCCAAUGUAUGGUGCGAGGGCAACUACUGCCCCACCUGGCAAUCGUGUAGGAAUUUAUCCAACCACUACCUACUGUCCGCACCAUUACGGAAGUCACGAAAGCAGCGAAGAACAUAUGACCGCCGUCGAUCAUUAUGCGCCGAAGCUUCACUGUAAGGAUGGACACUGUCCGGAGAAAUUGCUCCCACUAUCGAUCUGCGUACAACUUCCAUCGGAUGCACCGAAGAAACUAUCCAAGAAUCUGCUGCACCAAAUUGUUUGCUCACUGAUGGUGGACCCAUCGAAGCAUCAUCCUGCUCCCAAGACUCCGUACGCACCGCACAGCAAACCCUGCGAAUAUCCGAAGAAACCGUGCGAGUGCACCAGGAAGCCAUACACUCCGCCGAAGGAACCUUGUGACAAGCCGAAAGAAACAUACGAACCACCACGCAAGGUGUACGAACCGACGCCAAAGCCUUACGUCGAGGAGAAGGAGUCUUACGAGCCACCGAAAAAGCCCUACACGCCGCAUGUACCAUACAAACCAACCUAUGCUCCAGAGAAGGAGUCUUACGAACCGCCGAAAAAGCCCUACACGCCGCAUGUUCCAUGCAAACCCACCUAUGCUCCAGAGAAGGAAACUUACGAGCCACCGAAAAAGCCCUACACGCCAAAUGUACCAUACAAACCCACCUAUGCUCCAGAGAAGGAAACUUACGAGCCACCGAAACAGCCCUACACGCCACAAAAACCUGUCUACGGAUCAUCAGCUGAAGGAUACGAUCAACCGAAGAAGUCCUAUAAGCCACACAAGCCUACUUGCGGAGUAUCGGCCGAAGCUUACGACACGAAGACAUACACACCACAGGUACCACACAAACCAGUCUACGGAGUAUCGUCUGAAGCGUACGACUCACCAACGAAGUCCUACGCCGCACCGAAGGAAGUAUACACUGCCCCGAAGGAGUCCUAUACACGUGUACACUACGGUCCACCAAAGGAAACGUACGGAACUACGGAAAAGCCUUGCCAUAAACCUACCACUCCCGUACCGUACACCACCGCUCGUCCGAAGCCCUGUGCCACGCAUCCCACUUCGUACACCUACCCUACGCCAACCUCAACUGUGACCUAUGCUCCGUACACCGUGCCACCCCGCUAUCCGUCGAUGAAGUACAACACCCAGCCCUACCCGAAACCGGCGUACGCUCCGGGUAGUUACGAAUCUAAGGCGCCAAGCCAAGCUCCUCUACCGACCUAUCCGAAACCACCGAAAAAGUCUUGUGCCUGCACUGAACAUUACCAGCCCAGCGUUGGAUACUAUUAA